UUUCUGUUUAAGUUGCAGACUGUGCCGAUCAGAGAGAGCAACCAGAUCAUAUUUGAUUAAUUCAGCUGCUCUCAGAGAAAAUCGUCACCUUAGAGCCACAGAAAGACAAUCUCCCGGGCUCUGAAUUAAAAUUAUUCUUUCUACAAUGGAGAAGACAGUGAUGAAGAUAUUGAUUAUAUUUGCCCUUGGAAUGAACUACUGGUCUUGCUCGGGGUUCCCCGUGUUUGACUAUGAUCCUUCUUCCCUGCAUGAAGCCCUCAGUGCCUCCGUGGCAAAAGUGAACUCUCAGUUGCUGAGCCCCUAUCUGUUCCGGGCGUUCAGGAGCUCAUUAAAAAGAGUGAAUGCUCUGGGUGAGGACAGCGUGAUCAUGAGCUUAGAGUUCAGCGUUCGAGAAACUACGUGCUUGAGGGGGUCCGUGGAAGACCCGUCUGCCUGUGCCUUCCAGAGGGGCUACUACGCGCAAACCGCUGCUUGCAGAAGCACCGUGCAGAUACUGGGGGAGCAGGUGCAGCAAGUGUGGGCUCACUGCCGCUGGCCCGACACAUCCGAGUCCAGCAGCAGCGAGGAGAUGAUUUUGGGGGACAUGGAAAGACCCUAUGAAUUCAGAAACAGUUAUCUACUUGGUCUCAUUUCUGAGGAAUCCAGAAGAGAAAAGUUUUAUGAUCGGUCACUUGAGCCCCAGAGAAGGGGUUUUCCACCUGCAAACAGAAGGCUCCCCAACUACAGGCACAGAGCAAGGAUGCGCAGUGGCUUUGAGUGACACUGGAGACAGCACAGAGUGAAAAUGAAACGUGGCAGCCUGGCUUGGACACUGACUCUGACUGGAGCCCUUCCAUGACCUCUAGCAAACCAAGUGUCUACACCGUGCUUUCCAGAAUCAUGAAAUGAGGCUGCUACUGCUGGCCCAGUGGGCCCAGUGAUGAAGUCUGGGAGUGGCAGGGCUGCUUCUGAGCCUGCUCUGCUUCCUACAACAGUCAUCUCAGUCCUUCAUCUCUCCAGGCUCGGUGCCUCCGAAGGCUUCUUACUGUGUUUUGUUUAUUGAAGAUGAAUUUCCUUGUUAUCCCAAUGAUUUUAGUUUAAGAAUAAGGAACAGUAUUAAUGACAGGUGUAUAUGUAUCAAGAAUAUCUUUGUCAAUUUCUUACUGCUAAGAACAGCGAACUAGAAUCAACCAGGAUGGGAGAAAGGAAGGAAGGAAUGUCCAACCAAAAACAAGAUUACUAUUUUCAAACUGUUAGUGACAUGUUUUUAUGGAGAGCUUUUUGAUGGCUGACACUUUGCCUCAUUUGUCAUGGAAUCUCCAGAGCUUGGCCCUGUCCCUGGAGUAAACUAGGAGCUAAGUAAGUGUUUUUAUAAUUUAAUAAACGCCACUCUAUAAUUCUUUCA